AUGCCUUGUAAAGGUAAGAAGAAAAAAACGAAAAACGGUGAUGCUAAUAAGAAAAAAGGAGGAAAACCGAGAAAAUCGGGCGGAGGGAGAAAAUCAAGAUCGAAAAGUGCCAGAUGCAACGUAGACAUUUUCACGGAAAUAGCAAUGGAAAACGCUUACACCACUUGUCACAACGUUCAGGAUUUACUAAGAUGGAGAGGUUUCCCGUGGCCAGACGCGCAAAAAAAGAAGAAAAAAGGAAAAAAAUGA